UGACAGCUUCUGCUGAACAUCGGAUUUUUACGGUUGAUAUCAUCUUGUCUGUUGGGUACUCCUGAUUUGUUUCCUUGCUGAUAAUCCUGCACUCCACUCCGCUUUCCAUUCGUGUGAUCCGAGACAUCGUCGUCUGUGACGAGACUGAGAAACCGACCGGAUUUCUCAAAUGACACUGCAGACACUGCGCUGGAAUCCCACUCGUACCAUGGUUGAAUAACACGUGCUGGUCUAUAUACUAUCAUUGACUUAUCGAGCACAUUGACCUGGGCUACGUUAACCAAGAGCUUUUUUCCCGGCCUGUCUGUGGGUAGUAGAACCCUUUCCUACCGCGGGGAGAGCUUCCUGUUCCUCAUUCAAACAGCUCGAGGAGCACGAAGGAAGAAGUAAACAGCAUGCCGACUCUUUCGUUGAUCAAUUUCAACAUUGUCUGUGCGACGUUGGGAGGGUUCAUAUCGAUCUUUGGGCUGGUAUCUUACCUGUUCAAGGAGAGAUUCUACCUCUCGGAAGCACUGAUCUCCCUGCUGGCCGGUGUGGUCUUCUCCCCAGCAGCAGCGAAUUUCAUCCGACCCUCGGAAUAUGCAAUGGGCUCCGAGCAGAACCUAGAAGAGAUCACCCUGUACUUUACCAGGCUCGUCCUAGGAGUCCAGCUGGUCCUCGCUGGGGUCCAGCUCCCCAAACGGUACCUCCAGAUUGAAUGGAAAAGCUUGUCUCUUCUCCUGGGCCCCGGCAUGAGCGCCAUGUGGAUGUGUAGCAGUCUUGUCAUCUGGGCGAUGGUCCCGAACCUAUCGUUCCUGCAUGCGCUCGUGAUCGCCGCUUGUGUGACCCCGACCGAUCCCGUUCUGUCGAACUCGAUCGUGAAGGGAAAAUUCGCCGAUAAGAAUGUUCCGCGGCCGCUGCAGAAGAUCAUCGUCGCUGAGUCCGGCGCUAAUGAUGGUCUCGGGUAUCCGUUCCUCUUUUUUGGGAUGUACCUUGUUAAGUACACUGGGAUGGGAGGCGCCGGACAGGUCGGCGGUGCGGGGAAGGCUAUGGGCCUUUGGUUUUAUGAAACUUGGGUUUACACGGUGAUUCUGAGUGUGAUCUAUGGGAUUUUUGUCGGUUGGUGCUCUAGGGAGCUCUUGCACUGGGCGGAGGAGAAGCAUUAUGUCGAUCGGGAGAGCUUCCUGGUCUUUGCCAUUGCCCUUUCGCUGUUUAUUGUCGGCACGUGCGGUCUUAUCGGAACAGACGACCUUCUCGCGUGCUUUGUUGCCGGAAAUGUCUUCACCCAAGACGACUGGUUUCGCCUCGAAACCAUGGACGAUUCGUUGCAGCCGACCAUCGACAUGCUUCUGAAUCUGUCCAUCUUCAUCUGGUUUGGCGCAGUCUGCCCGUGGUCUUCCUUUCUCAAUAACGACACCAUCCCCCUCUAUCGGCUAGUCUUCUUGGGCAUUCUGAUCUUGCUCGUGCGGCGCAUACCGAUCAUCUUCGCGAUGCAUCGGUACAUCCACCAGAUCGAAAACAUUUACCACGCUGGUUUUGUGGGGUUCUUUGGGCCGAUCGGGGUCGGGGCGGUCUUCUACCUGUCGAUCAGUCGCGAGUAUCUCCGUGAGAUUAAGGUCAAUGGCGAGGUCCGUGAAGAUGCCCACCGGCUGUCGGAAGCGGUGAAUAUCAUCGUCUGGUUUCUCGUCGUCUGCAGUAUUGUGGUCCACGGCCUGUCCAUCCCGUUGGUAAAAGCCGGAUACAAUCUCCCGCGGACCAUUUCCAACGCCCUCAGCACUAGCACGGCCGUGGACUCCGAACCCGUCACCAUCGCGAGUACCCCUCACACCCACAGCACUGCGACGCGGAAUGUGGAUAACGGUGCCAACAAUCGCGGUCGGAAGCGCGGGGGUGGGCGUGAUGAUCCCCAGCCUACCGUCUUUCGCAUUGGUCGAUCCGUCGUGCAGCCGUCGUCUUCACAGCAGGACGGCCAGAUGCUGGGGACCGGGAAUGUCGAAGAACCCGAGCGACCGGUCAAUCUGAUCAUUACCGGCCCUAGCACGCCUAAAGGGUCGUCGGUCGGUCUGGAACGGUCGAUUUAGAGUAUAUUAACUGGGGAGAGGGGAGGGGAGGAGGUAUGUUGCAGUCAUCAGGAUGAAGUGUAGGGGUGGAUAGAAAGGACUCAGGUCCUGUUAGAUAUAGUUGGAAGUUGAUACGUAGUAGAAUAAGAUAUCCAAAGACCAGAUAGUAGUUAGAGGAUGAGAUAUAUGAAACAAUGGUGUUGCUCGCAGUGAU